AUGACUACCCCAACAGACCGAACCGCAACGGUUCCAGUGCAGUUUCAAAAGCCGUAUCGAGGAUCUGUGGCGGAGACUUCUGGCCUUGUUACCCCUCCGGAUGACACGGGCAGUCCGCCGACACUGCAUGACGAUAGCGCUCGAGAGGAGGCUCAUGAUAUAAUAGAGCGGCUGGUUGGAAUCUAUCACCAAUUGCUCGCACACCGAUCCUUGGCUCCAAGUGCAGAGGUUUCCGAAACGUUCGGUCGUCUCGUGCGUGCAUGCAUCGAGCCUCGCAGCAAACAGACCGUCGAACUCGUCUUGUCGGAUCCGGUCCUGAACAAGAUUGCCUCGAGCCUGCUCAAGCUGUGCUCUGCUGGAGAGACAGAGCUGGAACUGUCUUGGGCUGGACGCAUUUGCCAUCUGCUGACGGACAGUUCCGCAGCACAAGAGACGCUGCGAGCGUUCCCCUAUUACGACAACUAUGCCAGGCUCAGCCGCCUCGAAUGCGCCAAUCUCGUUACGCUAUUACCCUCGGAUCCAACAUCCAUUGCAUUCAUUGGAUGCGGUCCCCUUCCUCUCUCGUCAUUCUGUCUGUCUGACCGAUUUCCCGCCGCGCGAAUCAAUAAUAUCGACCACGACGUGACCGCCAUCAGCCAUGCCGAGAAACUAUCCAAUGCGCUCGGAUACGAUCAGGUUACGUUCACUCAUGCAUCGGCGGCAGAGUGUGGGAGCCUUCGGACGUUUGACGUCGUGCUCAUGGCCGCGUUAGUCGGGAUGGACCAGGGCGAGAAGAUGAAUUUGGUGCGGAAUCUCGCGGCGGAGAUGCGCCCUGGAGCGAUCCUGUGCAUCCGGAGCGCGCAUUCGUUGAGGUCGUUGCUCUAUCCGACGAUUGAGAUGUCCAUUCACUGCCUUGAUAUAGGACUGAGACCACUUCUGGAGGUUCAUCCGUGGCAUGACGUCGUCAACUCGACACUAUUUACGAGUGUAGAGAGGACGGAUGCCGGAGAUGACAGGUGAGCAUGACGGGGCACUUGGGUGUUUUUGAGCUGUGCAUCGAGCUCCUGGAUGAGGAAAUAGAACCUCCAUUUCCUCCUGGUGAUCAGAUGUGUCGUCCCUUGUUAGAACUAUCUCAGCUAGUUCCCUAAAUGCAGAGAUCGAGAGAGAGAGGGCGAAAUUUGGGUGGAAAAUAGUGUGCCACUCGAUGAAAUGGAUUAAAUCAACGACUGGAAGCAUGAAACAAUGGAGAGGGCUUCCAUCAAAAUACGGGACGCUGAUGAAUCCAGGUCGGGUUAAUAGUAAGAAACUGGUUGGAG